ACAAGCUAAUUUAUCUGUGGUACACAUGUGUUCAGAUGAAUCAAUCAGCAGUGUACAAGGAUUGUUUCUUGACGGAUUUGUACCUGGCAACACAGGCAUCACUUGUAACUGUUCACUUCAGGCAACAACACCACUUCAGAUAGGAAUUAGUCAGGUUUCAGUUCCAGAGAAAAUGUGUGGAUCACAGUUAUCUAUACAGCAAAUUCCAGAACAACGGCCACUGGUAUAUAAUUGCAGAACUGGUGGGAAUGUAGCAACGUAUCAGCAAAAUAUUGAUGUGAAAGGGUACUCGAUUACUUUGCAAACAAGUGCGACAAACAGCGUGAAAACCACUUACUGCAUCAACUUCUACAUUAAAUUAAAUUCAGGUAGUUUGAAUCUUCAGUGUUAUUCGUCAGGAGACAAAAUCACAAUCCCGACACAAUCAACAAAAGCAUCGAGUUCGAUGCCGACACAAUCAACAAAAACAUCGAGUUCGAUGUCGACACAAUCAACAAAAGCAUCGAGUUCGAUGCCGACACAAGCAUCAGAAUCAACGAUAAAGGUUUCGAUAAUGCUCACGCAGAAAACAAACUCACCAUUAAGUCAAGAAGCUUUUCCAGUUGCAGCUGUAGCGGGAGGAGUCGGCGCUGUGGUUCUAAUUGUCGUGGUAGUCUUGGUCAUUGUCGUAUUUGUUAAAAGGAAGAGACGCAGCAAACACGAUCCUAAUUCAGAUAACGAUGGAGGUUACUGUAACAUGGACGCGGAUCCGUACAAAUACCAGAACACCAAGCCAUCUGGAAAACAUCCAGGAGUUUCAGCAAAUCAAACCCAGACUGGCAACCAGACGAUUUGCUCUCCAUCAGACGAAUAUGCGUCUAUUGAUGAUGGAGCUGGCGAUAUUACCUACAAACCGCAGGUCGCCCUAAAGCCAAAUCCACCUAGAACAAGUAACCAUGGUGACUUUCAACCACAACCUGACCACGAUCACGUGUCAAGCAUGUACGCCAAGGUUAACAAAAACAAGAAACCGGCCAAAUCUGUGAAUGAAGCCGCCAUGCCUGUUAUGCACGUCAAUGAGCUCUAUGCUGUGGUUGACAAAACUAAAAAGGGGAAACAACCGUUGAAGGCUAAACCGUCUGGUGAACUGUACGCCGUGGUAAACAAAAAGAAGAAAUCAGGCGGGACGGGUUCUGAAUCUAAAGGUCAAGGUCCCGAGUCUGAGGUAACUGGUGAUGUCUACACUGAAGUAAGAAAACCGAAGAAGUCUGGGAAUAAUCCGAACAUCCCUAAAGGUUCACCUGGAUUGAUUUACACUGAGUUGGAGUUUGACGAAAACCAAGAUGAACCAAAGGGAGCCACAGGAGGGAAUGAAAAGACAGACUCGGUUGCAACAGAGGAGGAUCGUGUUCUGUAUUCUAAAGUGUGUUAAAUAGUUCUGUGUAGAUCGUUGGAUAGGGAAAUGGGUAGGAGCACAGUGGGUACUGUUAGCCUAUGUCAGUACUCUUAAACAGACAUUUUCUAAGCACUGUGUCUGACUCACCGAUUCCAUUAUUUCGUGUUCAUAAUGGGCCUUUUGUGCCAUUAUUUUUCACAUAUGUAUCACACCACCUUCUCCCCACCUUUUUGUUUGUCACAGGUUUGAUGCAGUUAUAUAACUGUUCUGUGAUCUUGCAACAAUCUCAUCGUCCAACCUCCAUCAUUCUAUUAUUCUAGUCACAACAAGUUAAGAGACAAUAUCAAAUUUGACCUUAUUUAAAAAAUAAAUAAAUAAUAAAACAAAUUCAGGGGCGAUGAUAGGUAAGGACAGUUAGGUUGCAGACGUGGAUAAGCAUUUCAGAUUGCAUUUACAUGAGCCUUUUACUCGCAGUUUGUUUGGGUUUUUGUGGGGGUUUUUGUCGGCAGAAAGCGUGUGGCACAUGCGUAAAACAUCCAGGACUGUUUGACGUUUCGAAACAUUUUCAUAACCUGCCUGAAAACGGAAUAAUGUACGUGGAAUUCCAUAUUUAUGUUAACACGUUUCAUGUUUGAUUAGUAUGGAAGGGUAUAAAUUCCUUUGCAAUCUGGGUUCGGAUACCCAUGCCAUCAAGACAUAAACUGAGCAUUCUGCACUGUGGCUGAGCACUGCUGUGGCUGAACGAUAGCAUAUUCAAUGAGACAAGUAUCGUUCUGACACAGAUCAUCCCCACCUCAGAUGCAGUGUCCAUGUGGCCCUUAUCUUCUUGUAACUAGUAUAAUAUAAAGGCUAGCUUUACAAGUUCUAUGUGUAGCUUUACAAGUUCUAUGUGUAGCUUUCCAAGUUCUAUGUGUAGCUUUACAAGUUCUAUGUGUAGCUUUCCAAGUUCUAUGUGUAGCUUUACAAGUUCUAUGUGUAGCCUUCCUGAUGAUCGGUGAGAUCCGUGUACAUGUUUCUGUUUGGAACUGAGGCGGGAUGUAGCCCAGUGGUAAAUCGCUCGCAUGAUGUGCGGUCGGUCUAGGAUCGAUCCUCGUCGGUGGGCCCAUUUGGCUAUUUCUCGUUCCAACCAGUGCACCACGACUGGU